AUGUGUAAAGACCCGGAAGAUAACUUUACUGGAGUUAGAGAGAUUGGUGAAAGUGAAAUGCACUCCGAGGACCCAGAAAAAGAAGUGAUUGAAGAAUUUGAAGAAAUGCACCCAGCGAAUAUCAGUUCAGACAACGACGAAACAGCAGAUGAUCAAAGCAUUCAUCUUUUCCUGGACUCCAGCGAUUCAGAGUCAAUGCAAGAUGAUGAAGACAUCUCCUGUUGUGUGGAUGACUUUGUGGAUGCAGAGGGGGAAAUCCUUGCUGAGGAGCCGAGUGAAGCCUAUCCUCACAUACAAGAUGGGGAGGAGCAUGGAAGUGAUCAGUCCAGAAGUGAAAAACCAGAACACUUGUUGAUGAAACUUUUUGCCAUGAUGCUUUUGUCAUGGCAAUCAACCUUCAAGAUUUCUGAUAAUGCCAUCACAUCACUUCUUCUGUGCAUCAAACAUUUCAUGUGGAUAAUUGGAAAUGUUCUCUGUGCUAAUACCCUCACUGCCUUUUCAAGCAACAUUCCAAAGACUUUAUGCUCCUUGAGGAAAUGGACUGGUAUACUUCGUGACGACUUCUUACAGUAUGUAGUUUGUCCAAAAUGUAUGACAGUGUACAUGCUUACUGAAACCUAUGAGCUCAGACGGGAUGGUACAAAGGUUUGCAGGACUUGUGGUCACAUCCCAUUCUACAAUCACCCACAGCAGAGGUCUGCAUUAAGGAAGAAAUGUGGCUCUGCCUUGCUAAGAAAGGCUACAUAUUCGAGCGGUGAAGAGUAUGUCCAUCCAAUACGUUCUUACUGUUACAAGAGUGUUGUGCAGUCUCUGGGAGGACUUGUUAAAAGACCUGGAUUUGAAGAGAAAUUAGAAGAAUGGCGAAAGCGGGAAAUUCCAAAGGGUGUGUUAGGAGAUGUGUAUGAUGGACAAGUAUGGCAGGAUUACCAGUAUGUGAAUGGAGAGCCUUUUUUAACAGAGCCAAAUAAUUUGGCCUUGAUGCUGAAUGUGGACUGGUUCCAACCUUUCAAAUAUGCACCUUAUUCAGUCGGAGCCAUCUACUUGGUCAUUUUGAAUCUACCUCGUGAAGACCGUUUUAAGGAAGAAAAUAUGAUUCUCGUUGGACUAAUACCUGGACCAAAAGAACCAUCACUAAAUAUAAAUGCUUUCUUAGACCCCUUAGUUGAUGAGCUUCAAGAACUUUGGCAUGGCGUGAUUCUGGAAGACAACUCUUUUUUAGGACAUCAGGUUUACAGAGCAGCUCUGCUUUGUCUUUCAUCAGAUAUCCCCGCAACUCGAAAAUGUGGAGGCUUUGUUGGACAUGGAGCUUACAGAGGAUGUCACAAGUGUUUGAAGACGUUUAGCAAGAAGGAAUUUGGUGAAAAAAUGGACUACUCAGGAUUUGAGAGGUUUUCAUGGGAGCCACGCACGUCAAAGGAUCACAUAUACUAUGCUGGAUUAUCCAAACGGGCAAAGACAAAGGCAGAACAGAAAAGAAUUGAACGCGAGUAUGGAGCUAGAUGGUCAGAACUUUUCCGCUUGAGUUACUAUGAUGCCAUCAGAUUUGUCGUCAUAGAUCCAAUGCACAACCUUCUCCUUGGUACCGCAAGACAUGUAUUCAGACUGUGGACAGAAUUAGGAAUUUUAACAACAAAAAGCCUUGAUGAAGUUCAAGCUAGAGUGGAAAGCAUCAAAGUACCUUAUGAGGUUGGAAGAAUUCCAUUACGAAUUUCAUCUGGCUUUACAGGAUUUACAGCAGAUCAGUGGAAAAACUGGACAACCAUUUACUCCCUGUUUUGUCUGAAGGGGCUUAUCAACAACAGACACUAUGACAUGUGGUUUGACUUUGUGCAGGCUUGUAUCAUACUCUGCUCCAGAGUCAUAUCCAUCAAUAGACUGGAAGUAGCAGAUCGAUACCUGCAGACAUUUCUCUCAAAAUUUGUCGAACUCUUUGGCCCAUUGCACUGCACCCCCAACAUGCAUCUACAUCUUCAUUUGAAAGAGUGCAUGUUGGAUUUUGGACCAGUUUAUUCUUUUUGGUGUUUUUCAUUCGAGCGUUUUAAUGGAAUACUGGGAAAGUUUAAUAACAACAACAGGGCAAUUGAAGUCCAGAUUAUGAGGCAAUUUCUGCAGGGCCAACAACUUCGUAUGCCAUGGACAUGUGAAUAUGGGGCUGAAUUUGGCAGUAUUUUAGGAAAACAAAUGGUUGGGACUUUGUCAUGCAAUGACACAGCUGAUAUGCUUUAUGUGAAACACAGUGUUUUGGUGUCAGCAGAAAGACUUCUCUUUGAAAACUGCACAGUGGUGCCUCUGACUCCAUUCCACCAGACAAUCUUGGAUGAGCCUGACAGACAUGCAAUAUUGACAAUGUAUCACCAGAUGUACCCUUGUGUCACUGACGUUGACCGUUUUGCCAUGACAUGCAAACGGGUAACAUGUCUGAAUGUAACUUACUCAAUUGAUGGAUCUAGAGCAGAAAGGUCAGCAUAUGUAUAUGCUAAGUGGUGUGGAAACACAAACAGUUUUGAGGAACCCAUCAUUGACCCUCUAGCCGAACUACGACCAGCCAUUAUAAAGCAGUUUAUAGUUGUUAAUGUUGUCUCAAAAGUGGUUAUUGGUAAUGACAUGCAGAGUAAUUAA